CGUGCACUUACCGUUUUUGUAGCAGGAGGAUCGCUGGAACUGAAGGAGGACUCGUGGCAGCAUGUUAGCAGAGUUACUGCGCAGCAGGAAAUACAGCACCUGGGAGCCAGAGGAGAACAUUUUAGAUGCCAGAUUAGUAGCAGCUUUUGAAGACAGGGAGAGAGAAAGAGAAAUGUAUGGUCCAAAAAAACGAGGCCCUAAACCUAAAACUUUCCUCCUGAAGGCACAAGCCAAGGCGAAUGCAAAGACAUAUGAGUUUCGUACUGAAUCUACUCGUGGAGUUAGGUUUCCAUAUCCUGGUCACCCCUCUCAGGAACUGCCAUCCAGAUCCAGAGAAGGAUUACGUAGCAUACCCACCUCCUCCCAGGGGAGCAGUUCAACCAGAGGAGACAUCUUCAGGGAGCGGCUAGGGAGGACAGAGAUCAGAGGAGAACAUUACCCAAUGAAGAUUAAGAGGAAAAAGAAACACCGCCAUGACAAAGGACAUUGCGAGGCAGGCACCCAGGCCAUAAGGACCUCUGCUACCAAUAAUUUAAACCAAUUGGAGACUGUCACAGGCUCUGCCAGAACAGAUAAUCCCAAUGCAGAAAAAUAUCAUGCUACUCACAGUGUCAUCCAGUUAGCAAGACGUCAAGACACAGAAUUGGUAUCUUCCAACCAGGCAGGUCCUGGCUUCGUGCGCAGGGAACGUGGAUUGACACAGACUGGGCAAGAUAUCCAGCAGCUUAAUACUGACAACCGUCCACACAGGACCAAACACAGAGUUAACUUCAUGGCCUCCAUGUGCAAAGAAUCAAGUGUUUCAAGUAGCAGGCGCAGCUUGGGAUACCAGGAACAAAUAUCCGACUUCUACAGGGGAGCAUUGGGAACCCAUGGCGGGAAACCCUCCCUCAUUGCCCGAAUACCUGUCGCUAGGAUCUUGGGGGAACCUGAAGAGGAACCAUGGAGACCCCCAAUGGAGAACUUAGAGAAAGUGUUGGUGACAGAUGUUACUUCAAACUUUCUCACAGUUACAAUAAAGGAGAGCAGCACUGAUCAAGGUUUCUUUAAGGAGAAAAGAUGAGAUUGUUUUGUUUUUUGUUGUUGCUCCCUUUAUACAUAUAUAAUAUAUACAUCUAUACACAUACAAAUACAAGUACAUUCUUGUACCAGCUUCAUUUUUUGAUAAUAGACCUUGCAUUGGUUACAGAGAGCACAGUGUGAUCUGCAAUUGAGCAUGUUGAAAGGCUUGCUCAGAACACUUAAUUAAAAUAUUUGUAAAAAUGCUGAUCACCAAUGCAUGGAAGAGAUGGUAGGCAAAAAAAAUCAAUAUAUUCCCAUUAAUUCACAAACCAGUAAUACUUUCAGCCACAGGGGUCAACUUUCUCAAUAACUUUCACACAUUUCCCCGUACAUGUCAUAUGUGCACGGGUUCUUGGACACCUUCCUGGGGCACACUCCCUUUCUCUGCCACCUGUGCACUCUCAGUUGCUUAUAUGUAGUUCAGGUCAAUCUGUUGUGCACAUUUGCAAAUACUUCAGGCACAAAUACCCACAAAUGUAAGCGGCACAAUGAAAUAAAAAAAAAUAUAUUGCAGCUCUUCUCUUUGACAGUGUGAAAAAAGUCCUGUUUUAUCUGUUUGCUGUAAUAACCAAUUCCUUAAAAUGUUUUGUAUUAGCUGUAAAUAUGUUAUUUAAAAUAAUAUAAUUCUGCAAAAACUAUAAAUUCAUCUGUUCAUCUCUAAAGUCGCCCCUUCCGUUCUUAAAAUAAUCCACAACCAUUUUAGGAUUUGGGCUCAAUUAAACGAAUAUUAAACCUA